AUGGCAGCGGGGCCGAUGCUGCUGGUGCUGCUGGUGCUGUUGGCAGCCGGGGCGGUGCUGCCGGCGAGGGACACACUACUGAACAUCUGCAUGGACGCCAAGCACCACAAAAGCAAGCCUGGCCCCGAGGGGAAGCUGCAUGACCAGUGUUCCCCCUGGAAGGACAAUGCCUGCUGCACAGCCAACACUAGUUCAGAGGCCCACAGGGAUGAAUCCAACCUGUACAACUUCAACUGGAACCACUGCGGGGUGAUGCCACCCAAGUGCAAGCGCCACUUCAUCCAGGACACGUGUUUGUACGAGUGUUCCCCCAACCUAGGACCCUGGAUUGACCAGGCUGACAGCAGCUGGCGUCGGGAGAGGAUUCUCCACGUGCCCCUGUGCCAGGAGGACUGCGAGCAGUGGUGGGAGGACUGCAGGGAUGCUGUCACCUGCAAAGAGAACUGGCACAAGGGCUGGAACUGGGCAACAGGAAGGAACCGCUGUCCCUGGGGCUCCAUGUGCAGACCCUUCAGCGAGGUCUUCCCCCGGCCCAAAGACCUGUGUGAGAAGAUCUGGUCCCACUCCUACAGAUACACCACUGCUCGCCGGGGCAGCGGGCGCUGCAUCCAGAUGUGGUUCGACCCUGCCCAGGGGAACCCCAACGUGGUUGUGGCCAAAUACUACUCUUGGAAAAAGAGAUCCUCCCCUGACGGGAUGGAGGACUUGGCUCCUGAGAGUGACCGAGCUGUGCGUGCUCUGCCGUGCUCUGUCCUGGUCCUGCUGCCUCUGGCCCUUGUGCUGCUGCCUGAGGGGCUGUGGAUCCCAUGGAUGGAGGUCCCUGUGAGUGUUUCCUAAAGGGACAUGGCCUGGACUGCUCCAGCUGCCCUGCAAGAGUUGCUGGCACAGCUGACUUGGGUCUGACUGUCCCAGCUGGUCACACA